AUGGCCGUCAAUCAGUCGAUGCGGGGCGUUGAUGGAAAAGUCCUCUUUUCUGCCAACCCGCCUAGAGACCUUCAGCCAAAAGAAGUUCUGAUAAAAAUCACACACAGCGGACUCUGUGCCAGUGAUCUCGCCUAUCUUCAAUACGGCUGUGUUCUUGGCCACGAAGGCGUUGGUAUUGUCGAAAAAGUUGGAAGUGAGGUUACUGAUCUCAACAUCGGGGACCGGGUGGGAGGGGGUUAUUUGCGUAGCAGCUGUGGCAAUUGCAGUUACUGCACCUCAGGCCAGGACAUUCUUUGCUACAGCCGUAACAUUUUCGGCGAGGGUGACUUCAACAAUGGCACUCUGGGUCACCAUUUCAUUGCCCAUGAGGGCUAUGUCUAUCCUAUCCCAGAGGAAAUACCAUCCGAAGAGGCAGCCCCUCUUCAGUGUGCUGGUUCUACAGUCUACAGUGCCUUGAUCCAAUACUACAAACAUGGUAUGCGCAUCGGCAUCCUGGGCAUCGGCGGCUUGGGCCACUUGGCAAUUCAGUUCGCCAGCAAACUUGGGGCACAUGUUACUGUCUUUAGCACUACGGCUUCGAAAGAACAAGAGGCCAGACAGUUUGGAGCUCAUCACUUUGUUGUCCUCGGCCAAGAAAAGGAGCAGAUCCAGCAAGCUGUCGACCUCCUUCUUCUGACGGGCAUUACUGAACUGGACUCCAGAUUUAUGGAAAAGGAAGUCCUCGCCCGAGGCGCAUCUAUUGUUGCAAUUGGCUUCACAGGGCCUACUUUCGAAAUUCCCUUUAUGCCAACGUUUUUCAACGGCUAUAAUAUUGUCACGAAUCUGGUGUCCUCCCGUAAGGCUCAUCGGGAAAUGUUAGAGUUUGCUGCGCGCAACAACAUACACCCUGUUAUUGAGAAAUUUCCCUUCAGCAACGAGGGCAUCGCGGCUGGGAUCGAAAAGCUUACUACUGGUAAGAUCCGUUACAGAGCUGUUUUGGUUUGGUAG